AUGUCUAUAAAUUACGGAUCGUAUGGUGGUGGCCCUCAACGCCAUCUGUCCCAGUACGGGCGCCCGCCCCAACCGCCUCCACGUCCGACAUCUGGCUAUGGGCAUCAAGGCUACUAUCAACCCCCACCACCGCCAGGGGCUGACCCGAAUCUAUGGUCUUACUUCGUCGCUGUCGACGCCGACCGCUCAGGCGCCAUCUCUGUAACGGAGCUUCAGCAGGCGCUCGUAAACGGAUUCGAUCUAGACACAGUGAAGAUGCUUAUGGCCAUCUUUGACACCGACAGAAGUGGCACAAUCAACUUUACAGAGUUUGCGGGGUUGUGGAAAUACAUCCAAGAUUGGCAGAACGUCUUCCGUCACUUCGAUCGGGACAGAUCCGGCUCCAUCGAGGGGCACGAACUUGCGGAGGCACUUCGAAGCUUUGGGUACAACCUGUCCCACACGCUGUUGAAACAAAUUGAGCAGAAAUACGCCUCUGAGCCAGUCUCGGGCUAUGGUCCUCCGCCUGGCAUUACAUUUGACCGUUUUGUACGAGCCUGUGUUGCAGUUAAGACCCUGACAGAGGCUUUCCAAAGGGUGGACACCGAUCGUGAUGGAUGGGUUCAAAUGAACUAUGAGCAAUUCAUGGGUAUCGUCCUGAGCGCGCCAUGA